AUGUCAGGGCAGCGUGUGUGUGUGUCGGACUUUGAGGAGGAAGCCAAGAAGGUUCUUCCUAAAGCUGUUUAUGACUACUACCGCUCAGGAGCUGAUGAGCAGAACACACUGGCCGACAAUGUCGCUGCCUUCAACAGGUGGCAUCUUAUCCCUCGGGUGUUGAGGGAUGUUUCCACAGUGGAUCUCUCCAUUUCUCUGCUGGGCCAGAAGCUCAGCAUGCCUAUCUGUGUUGCAGCCACAGCUAUGCAGAGGAUGGCUCAUCCUGAGGGAGAGACAGCUACAGUGAGAGCAUGCCGAGCAGUGGGGACAGGGAUGAUGCUGAGCUCCUGGGCCACCUCCACUAUAGAGGAAGUGAUGUCAGCGAUGACAGCUUCAGUAGGCGGUGUCAUGUGGCUGCAGCUUUACAUCUAUAAAGACCGAGAGCUCACACUGUCAUUGGUCCGCCGGGCAGAAGAGGCGGGCUAUAAGGCAAUCUUUGUUACUGUGGAUACGCCGUACCUGGGAAGGAGAUUGGAUGACAUGCGCAACCACUUUAAACUGCCCCCACACCUGAGCAUGUCUAACUUCUCAUCAGCCUCCCUGGCUUUCUCUGAGGGAAACUAUGGCAACGACAGUGGUUUGGCUGUUUAUGCUGCAAAGGCAAUAGACCCCACUCUCUGUUGGGACGACAUCACAUGGCUGAAAAAACACACACACCUACCUGUGAUCGUGAAAGGAGUUCUUAAUGGUGAGGAUGCCGUCCUGGCUGUAAACUAUGGUGUCGAUGGUGUCCUGGUGUCCAAUCACGGAGCUCGACAACUGGAUGGGGUUCCUGCCACGCUGGAUGUCCUGGAGGAGGUGGUGAGGGCUGUGCAGGGUCGCUGUGAUGUCUACAUGGACGGAGGAGUGCGGCGAGGCUCAGACGUGCUAAAGGCCUUAGCUCUGGGAGCAAAGGCUGUUUUCAUCGGCCGACCGGUGCUGUGGGGCCUCGCCUGUCAGGGGGAACAGGGAGUUUCAGAGAUUCUGGAACUUCUAAAAGAGGAGCUACGACUGGCUAUGGCUCUGUCAGGUUGUCGUUCUGUAUCUGAGGUGAGCAGGUCCCUGGUCAGGAGAGUGGAGUUCACCUCCAGGAUGUGAGAGAAGAAUCUGCUGACAGGACAGUUUAAUACCAACAUUUGUCUCAUUCCUGAACUGUGUUUGGUAUUCAGACGUGUUUGUUCAAAUGUAUUGCUACAGAUAUAAAAUAUAUCAUCAAAUGUAAUGUGAAACUGAGGGGUGAUGCUGCCCAAUGUCUUGAAGUGUACG